AUGGAAUAUACACAGGUGGAAGCCGAUUUUAUAGACAUGAUUCAGAUUGUGCUAAAAAUUAUCUACUCCACUUAGUAAAAAUGUAGAUUUAGUAGAAAUGAAUAUGACUUUUUGUAUUAUAUAAAUUUACGAUCCAAGGUUUAACAAAUUCUUGAAGCUAUUCUUAAGAACAUUAAAACUAGUCUUAAAAUGUCACAAAAUCAAAUUUUAGAUUCUGAUUCAAUUCUUGGCUCCACUAAUUCUUAUGAUAAAUGUUUUUAUCUAUUGGUUCAAGAAUUUGCAUUAAAGCUUCUUGAAAAAACUGUAAAAGACCUAAAUGAAUCUGCAUUUCAAAAUCAUUCUUACAAAAUAAUGGAUAUUUUAUCUUUACAACAUAAAUAGAAGGGAGAUUUCGUCAUAAUGCUUGAAAUUAAUUAGAGAAAAGUUGAAGAAUUAACAAAAGAAAGCACAUUUUAACACUUAUUAAAGGAAUAAUAAUUGAGAAUAAGAGGCAAGAGUUUAGACUUGGAGGAGAACUUUGAGUUAUCGAGCUUGGACAUAUAUUAUUAAAUAUGA